AUGAUGCCAUGUGCUCACAAUACUUUUAUUCUUUUUCACAAACCUGUUGAACUGGAAGGACGUUUUCCAACUUCCAAGAAAAUGGUUCCACCAUCUCCAGAACAAAUAUGGCAACGACAGUUGCAACAAAUGCAGGCUCCACAGUUUCAGGCUCAACACAUGCAGGCUCAACAUAUGCUAUCAAUGCAGGCUCAACAGUUGCAAUUGCGACCACUUCAGCAAAUACAACCGCGACCAGUGUUGCAAGCACAACCACGAAAACCACGUCAACCACGUCAACCAAAACCCAAGUUGCCAGCAGAAGUCGUUCAAGCAAAUAAGGAAAACGAAAAUAGCAGUCUGAAGCAUAAAACUAGGUGGGAGCCUGUUGAGAAAUACACCCCGAAAAUAGUAAAUAAAAUUGAUGACUAUAUACCAACUCCAAAGGAGGUUCUUCUAAGCAUGCAAUCUCAACAGUCACCACAGCUGCCUUCUGCGCAGUUAGCUGAAAGCAUCAGUACAAAUCAACUAGUCAAGUCUCCACCACCUCCUCCACCAUCACCGGCAUCUAGUUCUUCUUCAAAUUCGUCUAGUUCGAGUUCUUCCAGUUCGAGUUCAAGUUCCUCAGCUAAGAGUUCAUCUUCUAAAAAGAAAAAGUCAACAUUGGUUCCUGAAAAUUUAAACUUACCAUCAAUAGAUUCUUCUUCAGGACCAAAUCCUUCAACAUCUAUUGCUAAUCCUUCAGCGCGAAACCUUUCAGCGUUGAACAUUUCAACGCUAAACCCUUCAGCGCCAAACCUUUCAGCAUUGAACAUUUCAACGCCAAACCCUUCAGCGCCAAACCUUUCAACGUUGAACAUUUCAACGUCAAACCAUUCAGCGCGAAAUGCUUCAGCGCGAAAUGCUUCAGAGCCGGAAGCGUCUACAUCAAAGUCAUCGAAUACUUCAAUGUUAAAGUCGACAGCAUCAAAUAUUUCAAAUUUGAAUGUUACAACAACAGAAUCGAAAUUAUCUUCGAAUGUUGGAACACUAAAUCAUUCAACAGUAAGAGAUUCAACGUUGACAGCUUCAACUUCAAGAACAAUAAUAUUAGAUGACAAUGAUCCUUGCAUAAAAAGAUUAACACGACCGGCAAAAGUAUAUGGAACUAAGAGGCACAAGAAAAGUAGUGAAAAAGAAGACGCCAAAAAAUCUAAAAAAUGA